GACGGAAAAAACCCCUUUUUUAUAGAACCCGUCCAACCCAAAUUACUCUAUGAUCCCGCAGCCUCUCUUAUGAAAGGGACGGGAUGCCGGGGGGGAUGCGGGGUGCAAUCAGGGCAGCAGUGCCCGGCGCUGAGGCGCUCCUCGGCCUCCAAGGGGCCCCGCAGCGCGCCAGGACCCCGAGGUGCAGCGGGACCCGCCGGGGAGGAGGCAUCGGGAGCCCCAGGAUCGGGCAGGGUAGGGCAGGGAAAUCCCCGCGGGGCGCGGCAGGGAAGUACCGGCGGGGACGCCGAAGAGGCGAGUACUUCCCCCCUGGAGAAACGCCAAGUUCCCUCUCGGCCCGGCCUCUUCCCUCCCCUCCGACGCCCCUUCUGGGCGGCCCGAGCCGCUCCGCCUCCCUGCCAGCGCCGGCGGCGCCGAGCAGGACCGGACCCGUCGGUCGGGCUUUGACUGGCUGGAAAUUCCCGUCCUCCGCGGCUCCUCCCCCGCAGAAAUCCCCCGGCCGCGCCGUAUAUGCGAGGCGCCGCCGCCGCCGCCGCUCACUCGCAGUGCCCGCAGCUCCGCCGCCAUGAUCGCCGCUCGCCGCGCCGCCGAGCCGCCCGCCAUGGACGCCUACGAGCACCCCAAGAAGGAGCGUCAGGGCGCCUUCCCGCUCGACGACCGCCACGACAGCGGCCUGGACUCCAUGAAGGAGGAGGAGUACCGGCAGCUGGUGAAGGAGCUGGAGGACAUACGGCUGCAGCCCCGCGAGCCGCCCGCCUGGGCGCAGCAGCUGACGGAGGACGGGGACACUUUUCUCCACUUGGCCAUUAUUCACGAGGAAAAGGCCCUGAGCCUGGAGGUGAUCCAGCAGGCGGCCGGUGACCGGGCUUUCCUGAACUUCCAGAACAACCUCAGCCAGACUCCUCUUCACCUGGCAGUGAUAACUGAUCAGCCUGAAAUUGCUGAGCAUCUUCUGAAGGCCGGAUGCGACCUGGAGAUCAGGGAUUUCCGAGGAAACACCCCCCUGCACAUCGCCUGCCAGCAGGGCUCCCUCAGGAGCGUCAGCGUGCUCACACAGUACUGCCAGCCGCACCACCUCCUCGCUGUCCUGCAGGCAGCCAACUACAACGGACAUACGUGUCUCCAUUUAGCAUCUAUCCAGGGGUACCUGGCUAUUGUCGAGUAUCUGCUGUCCUUGGGAGCAGAUGUAAACGCACAGGAGCCGUGCAAUGGCAGAACAGCACUACAUUUGGCAGUCGAUCUGCAGAAUUCAGAACUAGUGUCGCUGUUGGUGAAACAUGGGGCAGACGUGAACAAAGUGACCUAUCAGGGCUAUUCCCCCUAUCAACUCACAUGGGGAAGAGACAACUCAAGCAUACAAGAACAGCUGAAGCAGCUGACCACAGCUGACCUGCAGAUGUUGCCAGAAAGUGAGGAUGAAGAGAGCAGUGAAUCGGAGCCUGAGUUCACGGAGGAUGAACUUAUAUACGAUGACUGCCUUAUUGGAGGACGACAGCUGUCAUUUUAAAGCAGAGCUUUCUCUGAAAAGAAGUGACUGUAUACAUAUGUAUAGACAAAGGACUGACUUUCUUCACCUAAAAAGAAAGUCCCAAUGUGGAGAGAAAAAAGAGGAGGGAAAUACUACACUGCCCAGCAAGGAGAAGGAGCACGUUAUUGUAACAGGACAGUUCCAGGAUCUCCCUUGUGUUAAAUACAGGAGUGGGAUGUGUAACAUCAGUACAGAUCUGUGAUUAUUCACAGCACCUGAUAAAGAGCCACAUAGCCAGUCUUCUCAGCCCUGCAAAGGUAACAGACUACACAUCCAACCUGCUCGUUACAGCUUUCUUGUGGCAUCAAGUACUACAGGGAACAAGUGACCCUUCACGGCAAGGUGGACUCAUGCCAUCACACCUUUUCAGAGACUCUUCGUUCAUUUGUGCUGGGCUGGUGGCAGUCCCUGUCCUUUCUGACUGACCUCAGCUGCUCUCAGUGAGGCUUCCCAGGUAGAGGAGUCAGACUAAGGGACUGGUGCCAUCUUGGCUCUUAGGCAAAAGUAGCAAUAAUGUUAACUGUGGGCAUUGGAAAAGUGUGUUUCACACUGUGUGUGUCAUAAUUGCUACACUUUUUAGCAACUGUAUAUUGUGUAAAUACUGUACAUUUUUGUUUAUAAUUAUUUUGGUACAUGUGAGAUAUGUAUUUAUUAAAAAAAGUCAAAUUACCGUAC